CUUUGGUGUGAAAGUGGUACAAAAAGUCUUUUUACGUGUAAUUCCGCGAAGAUGCAGGACCCAAAAGAGGUGUUUGGGAUCUCUUCUCCCAGCGGACGGCGGUGGGCGGAAUUGCUUGCAGACCGCAGCUACGAGCGGCGAAAGCAGGCCGCGAACGAGAUCGCCACCGUGGUGGUCACAAGCGCAGUGAGCAGCGACGGAGUUGACGCGGGUGCGGAAGGUCGGGUGAAGACCCGUUUGUCCUUUCGCGAGGAGGCGGUGGCCUUUUUGCUGCGCUGCUGCCAGCAGCAGCCUGCGAGCGUUGUCAGCUUGGAGUACAGUCUGGACCCGGUUCGGUCGGAGUUGUUCCUCGCGGACCAACGGAAGGGCGCCUUAGUAGCGCUGGCGACGCUUGCUAUCCGCGACGACGGGCCGACAUCAACCGAGAACAAGACUAUAAGCAGUCGGCAGCUCCUGUACUACGAUGAAACCCUGCUGCGCAUUGUUUUGAACCCGGUGCUGUUUUCGCUACAGCACGACACAGAAGAGUCCGUGCGCGGGUUCGCCGCCGAGGCGUUGUUUAACCUGCUCCGGAAGUUCCGCGCACGCACACUGUUUUUCUUCACAGAAAUGUUUCGCGCCGUCAUGAACAUGCUCGUGGUCGGGAGUUCUUCCAGUAGCUACACGAGUGGGGCUGGUCCCUCGCAUCACCUCGCUUCGGGAGGUUCAGGACAGCAGCAGCUGAGCUCGUCUCAUCCACCCACCUCUGCAGGUGGGCCACCAUCUUCGGCCGAAAUGCUUCGGAUGUCCUUCACUCCAGGGCUAGGGAAUCUGGGCGACGCGGUGCACACGACGAGCAGCGCUAGCAACGCCAACAGUCUUGGUGCUCAUCUCGACAAGCUUUUGCGGGACAUUGUUUUUGAGGAGGGGGAUGCUAUGUACGCGCGGUGCCGACAAGUGGUCCUGGAUGUGAUGCAAGAGCAGUGGAGCGGGGGCGCCGCGCCGCCCCGGAGCCCCGAUUUUCUUGUGCGCUGGGUGCAUGUCCUAGCGAUGCACACAUCACAGAGGCUAAAAGCAAGCGCACGAAAGCGCGGCAGAGACGAUGUUCGAGGACCACGCGACAGAAGUACAAGCAAGGACGCAGAGGCGUUUGCAAAUAGUGAUCAAUUUAUUUCCUCCGAUCAUCAUGUUCCACCUUUCGCAGGGGCCUUGCCGUCGCUCAUACCGUGCAUCGCGCCCUUGGUACCGCUGCAAGAGCACUGCGUCAGUUCUUCGAGCCUGAACUCGGUGCUCGCCCUGUUCUACCACGCUUGCCCGGAGCUAGUGCGGACAGAGUAUUGAGAGGAAAAAUCCCCCCUCCCCAUAUCGAAAAGGUAUCUUUCCGAAAAUUUGCGUUGCUGAUUUGAGGUCACAAAUCACAUUUGUCUUGCAAGAAGACAAGGGCAGAAGCUUCCGCCCCAUUAUGGAAGCGAUUUGUCAUGCUGUUGGGCCUAAAGGUCAGCCGUUUGCAAUGCUGACCAACUAGAUCCAUACGCCCCUCCCUAGCCUGGGGACCUGGCCGCAAUGCUUUCCUGCAAUACAAAUCUGAUGUGUGUACGCAAAUCCAGCAUCACAGAUUUCCUUUUUGAUAUGGGGAGGGGGGAUUUUUCCUUUUCAUACAGAGGGAUGUAACUUCUUGCGGGACCUCGUUCCGGUGUUGUUGGCGUACUUGGAUGCAGUAGCUGAUAUGCUGAGUAAAAACGUCCCCACACCAGAGUUGUCAUGCAGAUUUGCAAUGACAGGAACAUUUGUAAUGCGCAUCGCCAGGAGAGGCAUUUUUAGUCGUGUUUUGGAAUUUGUAAUGCUGUAAACAGGAUGAGCAGAUGGAUUUCUGAUGCAGCUGGCCUUGCGAACCUGCACUACACUACGGACUGCAACUUGUGAUGCGUGACCCCCAAAAGUUCUAGGUUUGUGUUGCAAAAUCCCCAUCUUGACUCUGGUGUGGGGAUGUUUUUACUCAGGAUAGCUGAGAACGCAAAGCUUAUCUUUCAGAUCGAGGACUACGAGGACGAAGAUCUUCACGAUUUCGGAAUGGACAACGAUGUCUCCAGUACACCAGCUUCUACUUUGAAGAUGAAACCUGUCACGAAGCUUGAAGUACAGCCUUGGGUGACGGCGGAAAUUCGCCGGCGGUUGCUUCACGCACAGCAGCUACCACCGGUUGCAAGGGGUUUGUUUCAGGAAGAGGGACAGGCGGGGGGCGGC